AUGAUCUAUGAGUUCGACGCGUUGACGCUCAAGACUGUCGGAGCUCCUUUCAAAGGGCACACUCACGACACCAUCAAGCUCCAGGCCUUCGAGUCCCGCCAGCCUCUCGCUUCAUUCGACGUCAAAUAUCCUUUCUACCUCAUCCUCUUGCCCGUUUCACGCCAACUAGCCUACACGAGUUGGAAUGAUUGCAAUAUCUACAUUUGUAACAUUCCAGCCGACAUCCUCGCUAGCAUUGGGCUUGCUGAAGAACCGCAGCCUAGUACCAAUACAUCUGAACGUUCACGCCGCGUUGGUUUACUCAACUCCGAUGCAACACAUCGUCCCAUGAGCCGUAAAACAGUGAUAAUACAUAUCAUGUCUCCCAUCCCUCGACCUUUGUCAACAAGGGACCCACAUACUUUCCUUUCCUUUUUGCGCAAACACCUUCCCUCCGAUACGGACGCAUUUCCUGCUACUUCCCCCCUCCCUCGUCCACUUAUAAAACCAGAGGAGAACUCUCAACCCACACCAGCACCACCUACCACUCAAUUUUCCGUCGUGAAUACUCCUGCAACCCUCAAAUUCAGCUUAUAUCGAAUGUCAACCUGGCGGCCCUUUCAGACAGAUCAUGCCGCCGAUGCUCCUCUCGCGCCAGGUAAACUGCGGUAUGCUACGGCGAGUGCUCCCGGUGACGAUGGUGACCUGAUACGUGACGAGGAUUGUCAACACCAGAUAGCAUGCAAGCGGCUGGUUCUGUCUCUGCUUCUAACUGCAUUCAAACUUAUUCCCGGUGUCCCGUAACUGUAUUCAUUCUUUCCAUGCAUUGUCCUCCGUAAACUUAUGUUGAAUUCAUGGUCACUUUACCCCCUAACGCGCUUGAGAUAUAUCAACAAUCCCUUAUGCUCGAUCCUGUUCAAACUCCACAGGGGUCCGAGUCACGAAACUGUUCCGUUUUACAGUGAACCAC